AUGUGCUUUAUAUCAGAACGGUAACAAUUUUUGUGAUAUGCCAACAAUAGCUGAUGGCAGACUAACCAAAUGUAGACUUGGCGAUUUUCUUAAACAGGAUAUCAAAAAUCCUGUCAUUCUUCCACUGUAUCCCAGCUCUCAGAAUCAUACAAACUAUCCUUUGAAAAAUCUGAAGAAGUACCAAACGAUGGAGUUUCCGUUUUAUUCAUUUGAUACGGCUGCUGUCAAGGCAAUGAAGACUAUUGCAACGAUCGGCUCUGGGGUACCUGUCAUUGUGUUUGAGAUUCCGAGGAAUCUAGAUUCUCUGAAGGCACACUGGAAGAGGUGGAUGCCAUAUUAUGAAGAAUGUACGGAUAUCAGGCUUUUCAAUGAUGACAAUCUUGCUAAGAUUGAUGAUGGAUCGUUGUUUACCUUAAUCCCAUGUGAACAAAUCCCAGCUCAGAAGCACACGAUGGAUCCUGAUACAUUCUACGAAAUCUACUCUAAGGCCUUCAUCCCAAAAAUCAAAAUCAACCAGCCUGUUGAUAUGAAGAAGGAAAAUGCGAAUGCCCCAUGUGUGAUUAAAGUUCCAGUCUCUCAAACUAGAGGUGGUGUAAAGAUAGCCAUAACUGAUCAGGAAAUUCAUGAAUAUGAAGAAUGGGUUGUAGAACAUGGUUGGAAAGAAGGACUGAUAUAUCAAGAACUUUUGACUGAUGUAAUAGCUGAUCGAGGAGUUCAGUUAUACAUCCAUAAAGAUGGCUCUGUCAGCCUUGGUGGCUUCAACAACCAGACAUUUAGCAGCUGCUCUGCAAAGAUCUGGAUUGGAGGUAUAUUUUAUAGGACUCCAAAAGAGGACAAAAUAAAUCUACGUAUGGUGAAAUUCCUGCAGCCUGCAAUCAAAAAGCUCCACGAGAUGGGUUACUUUGGUUACGUUUGUUUUGACGUGAUGGAAACACGUAACGGAGAGCUAUUCCUGAUCGACAUAAACCCAAGGAUCUCGGGAUCUAAUCAACAUAUGUCGAUGCUUGAUGGAAUGGCAGAAAAUGGGUUCCCGGUAUCGAUGUACACUGAAUCAAACAAUUUGACAAUCACCGUCGAUGAGUUGAUAUCACGAGCAAACGUCCUAAACAAAAGCAACGAUGCUGUAGUAAUUAUCCUUGCUGCGCAAGCUACGGAGAACGGUACAUUGCUUACUGCAAUUUCCGUAUUUGGUACAAAGGAGGAUCGCCUACUUGAAGCCAAGGAAAAUGCAUUUAAUUUCUUCCAGGAAUCAAUUUGAACAAUAAAGUGUGGUUUAAUCAACAUAUGAAUGCACCGAGGGCCUAGGGCCGGUAGGGAUAACUCAAAUUAUUUAACAAUGGUAGCUCUUACACAGCAUGGUUCGUUAUAAAAAGACAUUCGUGCCUGUGUAAGACCUCACAUCUCAGGAAAUUUGUAAGAUUAGGAUGAACAAGAAAACAUCAAAUUAUUUAACAAUGGUAACUCUUACACAGC